CAUGUUAUAUACAGUGUACCUCACCACAGAGGAUCAGCACUCCCUUCGUCUUUUCCCUUUUACACUCUGUACUCCAAAUACAGCAACCGUCACUUUUCGAAUUCUCCCAAUUCACUUUAUCUUCACUCUCCCGAAGAAGAUAGAAAUCGCCAUUGAAAUGCUUUGAAUCUCUCUCUGUAAGAGAUCUCCGAUUAGUGCCUUCUUUGGAAAAUGCCGAGGCAGAACCAAACGGUGGAGAAUCUGCUCCUCCUGGGGAAAAUCAGGAAGCGCGGAUGCUCCUCUCCGACGUCGUCGACUUCCUCCGUUCUCAGGGAAGGCUACCGUUUCAAGAGAGCGAUUGUGGUUGGGAAAAGAGGAGGAUCCACCACUCCUGUCCCCACGUGGAGGCUCAUGGGCCGAUCUCCUUCUCCGGCUGCUUCUCCGGGGUACGCGCUGUCGCAGUGCGGGAGCAAGACCGGGAGAGGAGGAGCACCUGCGGCUCCGGUGUCGGCGAGGAAGCUGGCUGCGACUCUGUGGGAGAUGAACGAGAUGCCUUCUUCGCCGAGAGGUGUGGAAGAGGUUAGAAAGGUUAGGAAGGAGAGAAUCGCGCCGCUUCCUCCUCCUCCGCCGAGGUCGAGGUCGGUUCGUUCUGGUUCUCUGCCGCCUCACCUCUCUGAUCCUUCGCAUAGUCCUGUCUCUGAGAGGAUGGAAAGAUCAGGGACUGGAAGCCGACAGAGAAGAGCAUCCUCCACUGUGCAGAAGCUUAGGCUUGGAGAUCAUAAUGUGGUGGCUAGGGAUCGUAUUAGCAACGCUAGCUUCAUGGAUAUUGAGACAAGAUCACGGGGGGAGACACCGACUGGGUCAACAACCGUGGGAGUGAAAACACGGUUGAAGGAUUGUAGUAACGCUCUCACAACAUCGAAAGAGCUUCUCAAAAUCAUCAACAGAAUGUGGGGUCAAGAAGACCGCCCAUCUUCCAGCAUGUCCCUCGUCUCCGCUCUCCACUCCGAGCUCGAAAGAGCUCGCCUACAGGUCAACGAGGUCAUCCGCGAACACAGACCUGAAAACAACGACGUCACCUACCUGAUGAAGCGUUUUGCCGAAGAGAAAGCAGCGUGGAAAAGCCACGAGCAAGAAGUCGUCGAGGCUGCAAUAGAAUCCGUUGCUGGUGAGCUCGAGGUGGAGAGGAAACUGAGGAGAAGGUUCGAGGGGUUGAACAAGAAGCUAGGCAAAGAACUAUCCGACACAAAAGCAGCUCUGAUGAAAGCGGUGAAGGAGAUAGAGAACGAGAAGCGAGCGCGAGUGAUGGUCGAGAAAGUCUGCGACGAGCUAGCGAGAGACAUCAGCGAAGACAAAGCCGAGGUCGAGGAGCUGAAGAGAGAGUCUUUCAAAGUGAAAGAAGAAGUCGAGAAGGAGAGAGAGAUGCUGCAGCUAGCCGAUGCCUUGCGGGAGGAGAGAGUGCAGAUGAAACUCUCGGAGGCUAAGCACCAGCUCGAGGAGAAGAACGCAGCUGUUGAUAAGCUGAGGAACCAGCUUCAAACCUACCUCAAAGCAAAGAGAUGCAAAGAGAAGACCCUCGAACCGCCUCAGACUGAAGAGUACCUAAACCACCAUAUUGGCUUCGGUUCUUAUAACAUAGAAGAUGGAGAAGUUGAGGACGAAAACGAAGAAGAUUCAGGCGGAGAAAGCGAUCUUCACUCCAUAGAACUGAACAUGGAGAACAAGAGCUAUAAAUGGCCUUAUGGGGAAGAUAACAACAGAGUAGGGAGAAAGUCAACGCCGAGUAAAAGCCUUUCUUUACAAAGAAGCAUCUCGGAUUGUGUUGAUUGGGUUGUACAGAGCGAGAAGCUUCAGAAAAGUGGAGACGGAGGAUUGGACUGGGGAAGAUCUGUUGAGGUUGAGCCUAAAGGUUACUUGGAUGAAACGCAAGCUUAUAAACCAAGCAAGGCUUCUUCAAAAGAUCAUCUCCUCUCGGGUCCAAGACUAAGUAACUUCCGUGGUGGAUCAGUUUCGAAGUCGCGGUUAUCUGAUGCAGCCAAAAGUGAAAACCAGAAUGCUAGAAAAUCGAGAUGGUAAUGAGUUAAAAAAAGCUAGCAAAUUUGGGAGCAGAGAUCAAUAGAAUCUAAAAGACUUUUUACAUGUACUAAUGAUCUACAUUUUCUCUGUUCCUGCUCGUUUUGUCAAGUGUGGUUAUUCUUCGUAUGUAAGUUGAGAACAACAACAAAAAAAAAAGGCUUGAAUUUUUGGACCGAAAAUGAUCCAAACA